AGGCAUUUGACUUACCUGAGUUUUGUACUGAGGACCGUACAUCUGCUCAAGACACCAACUAAGCUUUGCGAUUGUUAGGUUACAUAAGCAAGAGAGGCAGAAAUCAGCCAGUUCAAUGUAGCCGUCCUGCUAGCGCGAUCAUAACGAGAGCUCUUCGUCUCCUCAUGAACAGCAGAUCUAAGGAUUUCAGAAACCAUCAGGGACGAUGAGGAACUCUGGCGCUGUGCUGAUUUUGAGCUUUAUUGCCAAAUUAAUAUCACAAGCAGCAGGUGUCAGUGCGCCAGGCAAACCCAGACUCACAAGCUGUCGCUCUCCAGAGAAGGAGACCUUCACAUGCUGGUGGGAACCUGGAGAUGAUGGAGGUCUUCCCACAACCUACGCCCUCUACUACCAUCUAGAAAACUCGGAAACGAUCUACGAGUGCCCAGAUUACAGAACGGCGGGCGACAACUCGUGUUUCUUCAACAAAAACGACACAUCGCUUUGGGUCAACUACAACAUCACUGUGGUGGCCACCAAUGCCCUGGGAAAGAACAUCUCAGACCCUGUGGAGGUGGAUGUGGCCUAUAUAGUUCAACCAAACACUCCAGAGAACGUGACAGCAGUCGUGGUCGAUGAAGACCAGGGUCCGUUCGUGAGAGUGUCCUGGGAGAAACCCCGGACCGCAGACACUCGCUCAGGGUGGAUCACACUACAGUACCAGCUACGAGUCAAACAAAAAAAAGAUAAAGAAUGGGAGGAAUAUGAUGCUGGCAUGCAGAAGUACUACAAUGUGUUCAGUCUUCACCCUGAUAAAGAGUUCAUGGUGCAGGUGCGAUGUAAACCUGAUCACGGGUUCUGGAGUGAGUGGACCCAAACCACCUACGUCAAAAUGCCCGACUAUAUACCCAGAGAACGUUCACUGUGGAUCAUGAUCACGAUAUUCUCUGUCUUCAUCGUCCUCAUCCUCACCUGGACUCUAAAUGUGAAACGAAACAGUGUGAAGCUUUGUUUGCUGCCUCCUGUUCCUGGACCAAAAAUCAAAGGAUUCGACAAACAAUUGCUCAAGAGCGGAAAGUCAGAGGAAGUUUUCAAUUCUCUGGUGAUCCAAGGUUUCCCCCCAACCAUUGAUUACGAUGACUUACUGGUGGAGUACCUAGAGGUGUAUGACAAUGAGGAGCAAGAAUUGGUUUUGGAUAGUAAAGAUCUAUCCGAGGACUGCAUGAAGUCCAAAAGCCCGUCAGACUGCGACUCGGGCCGUGGAAGCUGCGACAGUCGCACUCUGCUUUUGGAGAAGUGCAUGGUGGGACGGGAAGGGAGCAGAAGCGAUCAACAUCAGUACAGCCAGCAUGGAGAAACAAGCUGGGCUUCAACUGAAAGCAGUGAAUGCCAGGGUCUUGAACCUGGUUCUCCAGAGUUCUCUGAUGGACGUGUGAAGACCUGGCCUGUUGUGUUUUCGUCUCCGCAGCCUCACCACCAUUACCAAGUGGAAGCUGUGAAACCGGUCUACCACAGCGUCCCAGAGAUCCUCAACCAUUCAUCACCACAUGCAAUGCCAGCCAACUACCAAAACCUACAGCAUCAGGACAUCCCACAAGAGGAUGGCCGCUUCGGUAAACCAGCCUGCAGACAUUCCCAAAGCUACACCCACGGCCUCGACACUCCUGCUCCCGGCGUAUCUCCGUCACGUUCUCUGGAAUACGUGGAGGUGCAAAGGAUCAACCCGGAGAAUAUGCUUCUGCUUAGGCCGCUUUCAGACCAAAACCGUGAACCUGAGGGGUCCGAUUAUGCUGGGGAGGACUACAGCAAGGUCAAAGAAGUAACAUCAAACAAUAUUCUGCUUCUGCAGAGGGAUACGUCAUAUCUUUGUGCGGACGGUUACAGCCAGGCUGGUCAAUGCACAACCCAGCAACCACCUCACCCCUGCAAACCUGUCAUCUACCAAUCGCACAGUGGGAUGCCACAGGAAGGCAUGAGGGUGAUGGGAAAUGGUUAUGUGGACACAACAGUCCUAAUGCCAUCCUACUAGUACAUAUGGUUCAUAGCAAUGCAGCAAAAACAAUAAGCUGAACAUAAAACCACUACAUUUAAAGAGCUCAUGCCAAGCCCAGAGAUAAGUGCUUUUUCCCCUCUCAGAUCUUGCUACAGUGAUUUAAUGAAGUAGAUUUAUAUUUAUAAAAAUAGUUGGUUUUAAUUAUAUUGAAUUAGCAAGAGAAUCUAGUUUCAGAGAUGAGGUCUGAACUUUUUCUGCAAGCACUGUUAAGAGUCUGGACUCAUUGGCUUUGAAGGUUUCAUAAACAACCCUUUAACAUCCAUGGAACCUUUCCAUUGCACAAGAGGUACACGGUUCUUUAGACUAUUAAGAAAAAAAAAAGCGGUUUUAAGAACUAUGGACUAAAACGUUCUUUGGGUGUCGCUGUGAACACCGCCCCCCUCCCUUUUUUUGGAACCUUUAUUUUAUAGCGCGUGAUAAGUCAUCGAUUUUCUUUCUUUGACCGAUUGUGUACUUUGAUGAGGUGACUUAAAACACCCAAAACAGUUAUCUUUACCCUUAAAUCAAGUCUUUAACGUUAACAUGAGAUCCCAUUUGCUGCAAAAUUCACUUAAAUUCUGUAUGUUCUGUAUUCUGUAUGUAUGUUAGUCAAUAGCGCCAUGUAGACACUGUGAUUUCACUGGAAAUUCUACUUUUCAAGAUCCAGCAACCGCCACUGAAAUUCACCAAUACCUUUAUGCUGGUUUACUCAGAAAUAUAUGGUAUUUUGAAAGUUAAAUUGGUUGUGAAUGCCAUUUCUUGUUAACUUUGAAUGACUUGUCGUGUUUUGAGAUUCAUGAGAUUUGAAAACUUAGCACUUAGCAUAGUUGCCCUCAGCGAUCCACUAUGCAUUAUGUUGUAUGUAUUUUCAUCAUGGCAGUGUUUUUAAGCCACUACUUUUUUAUGCCGCUGUUCACUUCUAAACUAAAUGAUGUGGUCUGUUGCUAUAAUGUACAUGGACUUUGUUUUAUGAACUGAUCUUAAGUUUUGUUAGAGCAUUCACUCAAUUCAAAACUUUUGCUUGAAUGAAUUUUAACUAUAAUGACAGUAUGCUGCAUAUUAUAUUAACACAAAAGCAUUAUUUGCAGUCAGAGUCUGUUUCUACCUACUGUAAUCCUGCUGGAAACACAACAUAAUCUCAGCCAUACAAUUCUAAAUGUCUUUGCUUAUUAAUGGUAAAGUGAAUAAAUGAAAAGGGAUUUGAACUGAUUGUAAACUCUUAUAAUUUGAAAGAAUUUGCCUUUGGUAUAUUUACAGCUCUUUUAGGUGGAGGAAAACUUACUUAAACACUCCUGCCGAAUGUAUGUGUCAGAAAUGUUAUUGGCACUGAUUUCAAACACAAAAGCAAAACCGGUGUAAAAUGAAAAAUUGCAAACUGCCAGCUUUUUUCAAUUAUUUUUCCAACUGUGUUACAGUGAGUUGUUCACUGUAAGAAUUUGUGUGUUUCUGUGAAUGUUAACCUUGCGAGAAUCUAUUUUUCUAAGUCUGUUUAUCCUUAAAUCAUAGGUAGUCAUUAAUUCAGCUCUGCAAAUUUUUACGUUUGAUAUAAUAGAAAUAUUUUUUUUUAAUUAUAGAGAUCGGCAUAUAUGCAUUUAAUCCAACUAAACAGUUAUUAUCUUGUGCAUAUACAAACAAUUAAAACAGUUACAUGGAGACACAGAAGAUUUUAGCCCUUGCCAGUGCAAGAGUCAACCUCCACAUGUUGCCUUAUUUUAUGCAUACAUCUCUGAAAGCCGACUGAGGUGUAUUUUUAUUUAUGUAUUUUUUGGAAAAGGUCAUUUACUAAAUAUAUAUUUAUGUCUAAAGUUGCAUUACGCAUACAUUUAAAUAUACAAUAAUUAUUCAGUUGUUAAAUAUAAUGUAGAAAAGCAUUUAUAUACCUACAGGUAAUUUAUAUACGGAUAAAUAGUUCUGUUAGUUUUGCCUAAGCGGUACAAAAAUCACCUCAUCUAACUUGAUUUGUGAGUGGCGUAACAUUUUCUUUGUCGCUCAACAGUCAUAUAUUCUCAGUUUCAUAAUAAAUCUGCAUGAAAAAAGCACAAUUUUUUUUUUAUAGAUUUCUAACUCAGGCAAUGUCAAAUCUACAAAAUGUGUGAUUGUUACAGUAUACAGUACAAUACAGAAGCCUUGGGGCUACAGUGUGAAAUAAUAUUUAAGUCUUUUCGUCUGAGAGUUAGAUAUCUUACAGUAAAGAAAAUGCAUAUGAAGAUUUUCUCAUUUAGGGAUUACAUCUUUCUAACUGAAAUCACAUUUUUUACUUCAUUCAACCAAACCCAAAACCAUCUGACUAAAUGAACUGUUCAAAACACAAAAAUGUGUUUUACACAGUACUAUUAUUAUUAUUUAUAGAAUUAUGUGGCAAUUUUCUUUACUGUCUUUUGUCUUUACUGUCAAGUCACUGGAGGUGCUGAAAUUAAAUUUGUGUUGAUAACCAAUGUAAGAAAUACAUCUACUGUGUGUUCUACUGUGUUCUGCUUUUAUUUGUGAAAUUGCAUAGCAAAACCAUUAAAACAUAUGCUCAGAUUGUU